CGCUCUGAUAAAAGCGGUUUGGAUGUAAAAACAGGAUCACCAUGUACUCCAUUGUGAACUGCAAUCUUGUUUUACCAAUUCUGUUUCUCCAGGCAUCGUUCACUACAGCCGAGAAGGAGUGUGAGGACCCUAAAACGUGUCAAAGUGAGAACUUCAAGUGGUCUAGUCUGUGGUAUGUGUGGCUCAUUCUGCUGACAGUCUUGGCCCUCCUGUUGUGUGGCAUUAUUGUCAGCUGCGUGAAGUUCUGCUGUAAGAAGGACAAGCCGCCGGGACAAACCUUGACAGAACAUCCCUGUGAAAUAGCAAUCGUUGGCAUGGACAACCAGAGCACCGUUGACAGCAGAAGCACCAUUACAUCUUUUAACAGCGCGCAGCUCCCGACUGACAGCCAACUGCCUUUUCCAUUCGGUCAGGUGAACAGGGGUUUUGCGCCCCCGCCUUACAAUCUCUACGCUUUGGAGAUGCCUCCGCCGUACGACGAAGCUUUGAAAAUGCCGAUUGACCCGCACGAAAACUCUCCGGGGAACCGGAAAGCCGAUAUCCGACCAAGCCAAGGACACGCUGGUGACUCGCACCCGCAGCCACCAACUUCGGAGGAAGAGCUGAACGUGUUGAAUCAGCAGCGCCGCCCGCAAGAACAUUUCGACGAGGUUCAGCUGGACGACCCCCCGCGGUACGAGCUUCACGAUAUCCACAUCCCGAUAUCCGAAGAAGAUGAAAACGACUUGAAUCAAUAACACGGACUGCGGGAACACCAAAGACAGCCGAGCCCUCUUCAAGCAGAACCAAAUGCAGCGGAAGGGAAUGUACAAAGUGCGUAAUUUGUAUUUGAACUAUUACGCUGCUACUGCGCGGGGGAUGGGGGGAGAUGGGUUUCCAGUUUCGAUUGUUAAUCAGUGUUGCGAGGUGCUGAAUUCAAUGUGACUGGUGCUUUACUUGUAAGGCUGAAAGAGAAGUAAAUAGGUUGGCUUUCAUUGUGAAAGACUGGUUUGUUGGCCGGUUUAACUGUCGACAACGAGAGCUGUACCGAACCCCACGCUCAUGGCCUUUGUGAUUUUUUUUCAUAAUGAUUUGAAUUUGGAAAGGCAUAAAUCGGUAUCUUUUAAUGGAAUUCAAAAAACUAUACAGUACAACAACAAGUAGACUGACUCCACAGGUUAUGCGAUGGCUGUAUCUACCGCCUGUAGCGUGUAAUUGUUCAAUGCACACGCCCUUCUUUUUUGUGAGAAAGGUGGACAUUUCUCCUACAGUUUGCUGGAUUCUGAUAACGUUGCUUGGUACAGGAGUACUGAUUAAUGCAUUGUGUGUGGAAAACGCUGAUCCUACCGUACACUGAACAGUAGCCUAGGCAUUAAUACAUCUGUUAAUUAGCUCGUAGUUUAGCAGAAAUGAGAUCUGCAAGAGCAGCUGUCCCCUUGUUUAAAUACUGCUGAAUUAACACCCGCUGUGUUGUCUAUACAGAUUUAACACGCCUCUACCUGUUUAUGAAUGAUAACUUUUUUUGUAGUCCAGUAUUUUUAUACAUUAUUUCAUUGUUCAUAUUUGAAUGUUACAUUAAGAUUUAUAUUGAGGUUUACAAGUUUUUUUGUUUUGUUUUUUUACAUAAAAUGUCAUUGUAUUUAUAUAAACCCAGGUGGUUAACAAUAAAUGUUGAGUACUAAAACUGUUCUGAUCUUUAUGCAAAUAACUGUUUUUCAUCAAAUAACCACUUGAGCACAUAAUUAUAAUUCAACGAGGCAACAAGUAGGCUGGAAAACGCAGUCAGGUAGACCAACGUUUCGGCUAGUGCCUUCUAAAAUAAAGAAUCGUUACUCCGCUUGAUUUGAUUAUUAGUUACGCCUUUUAGAAUUCCGAUUUGAGCAUUAUUGAAGUUAGGGCUUGUUUAAAUAAAAACAAUUCAUACAACCAUGUAAUACAUAUAUAAAUCUAAUUUAAUAACGGAUUUUUAAUUUUCAUUAACUGAACAGUCGUACGUUAUCUUGCAUCAAUCUGAACAUUUAACCAAUGUGUGGAAAUAAAAUCCUGUACUUUAGGCAGUUCUUUUGUGAAACA